CUGUUUUCGUGAUUGUACUUGUUGGCAUGCUUUAAGUUUGAUAAGGGGCACUCCAUAUUUACUUACUGAGUUUAUCUCAUAGUUUUUCCUUGUCCACCAUUUCAGGAAGUGAAACCGAGGACGGGAAACUACGGGAAGUGACGAGUUAGAAGGCUAGCCACUUGUAAAUUGAGCAUAGCUUUAGAAACAAAUCAUGAUCUUGUAUUUGGAGAUUUUAUGAUAUCAGAGAGAUUUUAUAAUUUGAUCUUCAGAUUUUGAUGGUAUCAGAGUGUGAUAUGAUAAGUUUCGAGCCUUGUGCACUUGUGGGACCCGUCUCAUGAGUGCACGGCGUCUGUCGCGUCUCGAAAUGGAGUUUUGGGGCGUGACAGAUUUAGUGAUAUCUGGAGAUUUAGUGGUAUCAGAGCUUAGGUUAAAUUAGAUAUCUGGAGAUUAAGUGGUAUCGUAUCAGAGCUUGGUUGGAAUUAAGAGCUUAGGUUGAAAUUAAGAGCUUAGGAUUAAAUUAAGCACCUCCAGAUUGAGUGGCAUUAGAGCAGAUUGAGUGGUAUCAGAGUUUAGAUUUAAUUGAAUACCUAGGUUUAAUUGAAUACCUAGGAUUUGUUUUGGACUUGGCUAGCCAGUGGAUUGUAGAAUCGUGGUGAGACGAGUGAUGGGGUUAUAUAAGGGACGAUUCUGAUUCAUGUUGCCUGAAUUUUCUCAUCCAUUUCGAUGAGAUGGUGAUCUGAUUGUUCUUGUUUCUUGCCUUCAUACUCUGUGUGAAGUUGUGAAAGUAAUCUUGGCUGUUAUGUCCUGAAGACCUUGUUUUGAAACUUGGUCAUUUUCUGAUAGUCUGCACUUGUUUAGACUUGUUAUUUGAAUAGAAUUUUGUGUGCUCUUUUGCCACCAUUGGAAAAUCUGGGGAGUUGCAAAGAUUUUUGUUACUGAUCUUGUUGGUCUCUACCACAUAGCUGGUGGAGAAUUUGCUCUGUUUGUGACAUGACUAGUGAAAGAUGGGCAACCCUCUACCUUGUAAGAGAUUCAAGGCUAUUUUAGCCAAUGUUGUGUGUUUUUUUGAUGCGUUUUAGGAGCUGGAUUACUUGGUAAUUCCGUUGCUCCUUAUCUUCUGAAAGUGCUAUAGUGAAAUUUCACUUUUUCCAUUUGGAGCUUCGUGGUCUUUUCAUGUGGCUCAUUUUUCUGUAUUGGUUAAUCAAGAGCAGUGAUUAUUCAAUUGAAAUUGUUGUCUUUUUAUGAAGAUUGGCAAGCUAUCAUAAAGUUAAACUCUCUAUUGUUGCCAAUCUCUAUAUUCUUGAUAUCUGAAAAUUGCUUGAAACUCUUGAAAUCCGUCUUGAGUCUUUCUUGAUAUUGCUUUGUACUUGUUCUUGAAAUUGAAAUCCGGAAAUGGAUAAUGAUUAUUGGAAUCCUCAUUAUCUUGAUACUU